AUGUUUCAUCAAGUGAGGGUUCACCCGGACGAUCAACACUGUCAGCGAUUCCUGUGGAACAACGGCGCGCCCGGCUCAACUCCGUCCGUCUACGUCAUGCAGGUGAUGACAUUCGGUGCCAGCUGCUCUCCAAGUUGCGCGCAGUUCGUCAAGAACAUAAACGCGGAGCGCUUUGCAGAGGAUUCACCAGCAGCUGCCAAGGCCAUAAUAAACGACCACUACGUAGACGACAUGCUGAGCAGCGUUGAAACAGAACAAGAGGCGAUCAAGCUAGCAAGCAGCGUUCGAGACAUUCACGGACAGGGUGGGUUCGAAAUACGCGGAUGGCGAUCAAACUCAAAAGCGGUUCUCGCGGCGCUAAACUCACAGGAAUGCGAAGAUAAAAAUCUCAGCGAAGCCUCGCAAUUCUCAACCGAGAAAGUACUGGGCAUGUGGUGGGAUUCGAGCACGGACACGUUCACUUUCAGGCUGCCAACAAAACCUGACAAGGACCUGCUCAAUGGCCUCCGCGUUCCAACGAAAAAAGAAGUUGUUCGUGUGCUGAUGAGUAUCUUCGACCCUCUUGGCCUGCUGGCCAACGUACUGAUGUUCCUGAAGGUUCUAAUCCAAGAAAUUUGGCGCUCUGGAAUAGGAUGGAAUGCUACCAUAACUCCGGAGCAGUACGAGAAGUGGCUCGUUUGGCUGAAGGUAAUCGAAAAGGUGGAGGCCGUGUCAAUUCCGAGAUGCUAUCGCCAGAUAACGUCGAGCUCGUCGAAAACAAACGUUCAACUGCACACCUUCGUUGAUGCCAGCACCAACGGAUGUGCCACUGUCGCUUUCCUGCGGUUCGAGGAAGAAGACCGUAUUGAGUGCGCAUUUGUUGCCGGCAAAACUCGAGUUGCUCCGAACAAACUGACUUCAAUACCUCGGCUGGAGAUUGAUGCAGGAACCAUGGGAGUCAGACUAGCGCAGAAAAUUAUGGAAGGACUUCGAAUCGUAAUCCAUCAACGAUUCUUUUGGACCGAUGCACGAGACGUCCUGUGCUGGCUGCAUGCGGACCACAGAAACUACAGUCAGUUUGUCGGUUUCCGUGUCGCUGAAAUACUGGAGAAGUCCAAUCUGGCCGAAUGGAACUACUGCCCAAGUAAGCUGAACCCAGCUGAUGAUGGGACAAAGUGGACGAAAAUUCCCGAUCUUUCGGAGAAGAGUCGGUGGCUCCAUGUAAUCUGCUUCAUCCAGCAAAAAAUGUCGGAAUGGCCCAACAAACUGAUUCACAUCGGUACAACAACAACGGAGCUAAAGCACUCAGUGGGAGUACACUGCGUGACCGCUCAAGUAAUCAACCCUGAAGAAUUUUCUACCUGGAAGCGACUCUUGCGAUAUACGGUUCAUUGCAAGCGGUACGUUCGCAAUCUGAAGGAAACUACGAGCAAUAGACCACGGACAACAGGUGAAAUUACUCAAGAAGAACUCCUCGCGGCGGAGGCGUACCUACACCGGCUGGCACAGGAAGCUGAAUACAUCGAGGAAAUAGCAAUACUCAUCAAGGCGGGAAAAGGUAACCCGAACGGUCUCCAGAUCCCAAAAGGCAGCCCAAUCUUCAAACUCUCGCCAUACUUGGACCAUGGUUCCAAACCACUUGUCGCAUUCGACAAUGGGCACACCGCGCUACGUAACAACUGGAAGGCGUCACAGAUCUACGCCAACUUGUUCUGGAAGAAAUGGGUAAAGGAGUAUUUGCCCACAAUCUGCCGACGCACGAAGUGGCAUCAACCAGUGAAACCUAUCCAAGUGGGCGACGUUGUUGUCAUCGCAGAUCCCGAUCACCCUCGCAACAGCUGGCCCAUGGGACGUGUCGUCAGCACUAACACCAGCAAGGACGGCCAGGUACGUAGUGCAGUCGUGCGUACGAGCGAGCGGUUCUACGAACGGCCGGCGGUAAAGCUUGCUGUUCUUGACGUCGGUGUUAAUGAAGGUAAGCUGCCACAAGUUCCCAGCGUACCGGGGGGGAAUGUUACGUCACUUGGACGUGCUACCGACGACAACAACACCUCCGAGGCAGGCACCUCUCGGAUGAACGACUCGAAAGCAGAACCCAGAAACGCAGCCACACCCGAAGCUAGAGAAGGGAUCGACGAACAAGCAGUGUAA